AUGGCAUCGUCGUUUCAAACAGCUACGGCAGCGUGCGUCACGGAGAAUGGACAGAAAUCCACUUAUUCACCAGUUUGCCGUCGCCAUUUAUUCCAUAGAUCACGCCCUAAUAAGGGUUUGCAGUCUGGUUGGAAGUGUUUCUAUUAUGCAGCAGGUACUCCUGUGAAAGCAGAAGUAUCACCAGAAGCCAAAGAUGUCAAUCCAUCAACAGACCCUCCUGCUUUGGCCUUAGAAGAAUCAAUAUCCGAGUUUAUUACUCAAGUUGCUAGUCUUGUAAAGCUAGUAGAUUCUAAGGAUAUUGUCGAACUCCAAACAAAACAGCUUGACUGUGAACUUUAUAUAUGUAAAAAGGAGGUGUUGCCUCCACCGCCUACUCCUGCUACAAUGAUGCAAUCACACUCUCAGUGUGCUGUACGACCGUCACUCCCUACACCAUCUCCAGCACCAAUUCCAGCAUACACUCCUGCACCAACCCCAGCACGUUCUGCACCUGAAGUGAAGAAAUCAAGUUCAUCUUUUCCCCCACUUAAAUGCCCCAUGGCAGGCACAUUCUACAGAAGUCCGACACCUGGUGAACCACCAUUAGUGAAGUGUUUUCCCUCCGAAGAUUCUGAUAAGCCUCCCAUCCGGUUCACUUAUCAAAGGCGCCACAAGAAGGGGUAUAAUGGCAAUUAG